AUGUUUCAGGAGAUGAAGAAAAAUGGAAAACCAAUUUGGGUGCCUACUACUUUUCGAGUAGAAGAUCAUGUUAUUGUUCCAGAUAUAGACUAUUCAAACAUUGAAAAUCCUGAUCAAUUUGUCGAAGACUAUACUUCGAACCUAGCUAAUACUCCAAUGGACAUGUCCAAACCUUUAUGGGAGUUUCAUAUACUGAAUAUAAAGACAUCAAAUGCAGAAUCUUUGUGUAUAGGAAAGCUACAUCAUUCACUCGGCGAUGGGAUGUCUCUUAUGUCUCUUCUGUUAGCUAUUUCGCGGAAAACAUCAAACCCUGAAGCUCUUCCUACAACUGCGGCUACGAGGAAACGUGUUGAUACCAAUAUUAAUAAGGAUAAUUGGUGGUUGGUUCGGAGAUUUUGGUUUAUGAUAAGAGUCAUGUUCACAACUUUCAUUGAGUUGUUCAAGUAUAUUCUUACACUAUGUUUUAUGCGGGAUACUAAAACCCCUCUCAUGGGUAAAGGGAAACGUAACAUUCCACCUAGAAAGAUUAUCCAGAGGAUUAUAAGCCUUGACGAUGUCAAGUUGGUGAAGAACACAAUGGGAUUGAAAAUCAAUGAUGUUCUUCUUGGAAUAACACAAGCAGGUCUCUCAAAAUAUUUGUGCAGAAAAUAUGUAGAUGAAGAUAAGGUGGUCGAGAAGAAAAAACUAUUAGACAAAAUCCGUCUUCGCGGUACAGUAAUUGUAAAUCUAAGAGAAAGUGCAAAGAUUGAGGAUCUCGCAAAUAUGAUGGCAAAAGGUUCAAAAAGUAGAUGGGGAAACUUCGUAGGUCUUGUUAUAUUUCCUAUAUGGAUACGAUCUGAAGACGAUCCGUUAGAAUACGUCCGACGAGCCAAAUCUACUAUGGAUAGAAAAAAACUCUCCGUGGAAUCACUUAUUUGCUACCAAGUCAUCAAACUAGCCAUGAAAAUAUUGGGGGAAAAGGUAGUAGAAACUCUUGUUAGGAGAAUAUUUGAUCAUACAACAUUGGCAUUUUCAAAUGUCAUGGGUCCAGACGAAGAAACAAGCUUUUUUGGCCAUCCAAUGUCGUAUGUUACAGCAAGCGCAUUGGGUGGAUCACAGGCUCUUAUUAUCCAUUACGUGAGCUACGUGAACAAGAUUAUCAUCAAUCUAGCCAUCGAUACAACGGUGAUUCCAGACCCUCAUCUACUAUGUGAUGACUUGGUAGAAUCGCUCAAUGUCAUCAAACUUGCUGCCUCGGAGAAAGCAGUUCAUAAAAUGGAGGUUUGAGAUAUGUAUCACCUGAUAUAAUAUGUUCGGAGGAUAAACUGUAGUAAUGUAAUGGUAACUUAUAAAAUGUUUGCGAGAUUAAUGUUAUUUUUACAGUUUCAUUUACAAAUUA